CGACAUCGACAUCAGCCAACGCAUCUCUCGCGCACACGCCUAUCUUCCGCAUUCAUCUGUCGACAACUUAAAGAGAUCGCGCACCGCGCCGACGACCGCCGUCAUGGAUCGCAACCGAGCUCGUGAAUAUGGUAUCUUUGACAGGGCGCAACAUCGCAAUGUAAUCAGUGAAAAACGUAUCACUGACCUGCCAUGAACUGAAAGAUACUGCUGCAUCGCGUGGUGACAGCCAUGACGACUCCGACAUUGGUUUCAGCAUCCGAGGAGCCGCUCAGCGCAAGCACAGUCAAGAUGGCCAAGUGCAGCCGCAGAGCCGACCAGCUUCGCCGCGCAGCCAUCACAAUCACAGUCGCGCGCCAUCGCAAUCGCGCUCGCCACCGCGUCGACGUGACAGGCCUUACCGCGACCGCGACGACCCUGAGAGUGGUCGCGAUUCAAGAAGCUACUACUCGUCGCGCAACGAUGAUCGCUAUUAUUCGCGCCAUAGCAGCUCCAGCGACUAUCACCAGCAGGGCUAUUCUCAUUCGCGCCAAUACUACGAACCCUAUCAGGAUCAUUCAGAUUUUGGGUUCUACGAAGAGCCAGUCGCCCCACCGCCCAGCAACGGUGACGCCGACGUCUCGCUGGACGGAAACCCACUGCCUUUUCUGCUGAUCCGCGGGCUCAAGACCAAUAUGAGCGAAGCAGUGCUUCACAAGGGACUCGAGAAGCUGUACCAAGACGAGCUCCAGGCUCCACAAGACGCCGCUGUGCCGCCACCCAGUCUGCCACCUGGGGGCGAAGCAUCUGUCGCCGCCCUUCUUGCCUCUUUGCCGCUGAAGCCAUUGCCUUUGCCAGGCGCCGCUCCAGGAAGUUUGAAGCGUGUUUUCGUGAUUCGUGAUCGUGAAACGGACAAGAGUCUAUCGUUCGGAUUUGCUGAGUAUCACACAGUUACAGAUGCUAAGGCAGCACUUGCGAAAGCAAUGACUCUCGGCGACAAGUUCACCAUCUCAUCCAAGAAGAUCGAGAUUUGCUAUCCACACAUGGGUGUCUUCCCAGUAGUUGUUCCAGGCCAGUUCGGGUCGGACGGCAGAUACUGCUUCCAACGCGGCGCAGUUUUGCACGAAUAUCACGACAAGCGCUACUAUGCCUCGGUACAAGACGUAAAUCCAGAACCUCCAGCGCGACCGGAGACCCCGACUCAGUCUGGAAAUACCAAAGACACGAAGAACAACAAGAAGCGUCCGAAGGAGAGCGCGGGCAUCAACUCACUAGAGGGCGAAGGCACAACGAAGAAAGUCAAGAUUGGAGAGCCAAAAGAGCUGGGUAUUGUGAAUUUGUGGCAGAAGAAGCAAGCUGAGCUGCGCGGCGAGGAUGCUGAGCAGGACGAGUCCCGCCCACAAUCUUCGAGUUCCGAGAAGCACGCAACAGACGAAGCCCCGCAGCAAAGCUACGUUCACCAGAAAACCAAGGGAGGCAAGCUACAGACCACCUGCUAUCUAUGCAGCAGCCAGCUCUCAGCAGACGUCACGCCCGCACAGCAUGUUGCAGGCAGUAAGAAGCAUUCCACGUUACUACAAGAUGAGGCAAAGGUGAAGCUCGCCUGGGAACGAUUGGCCAAAUUCGGCAUAGCAGCGGAUCAGACAGUGAAGGUGGAGGUCAAAGUGACAGAGAAGACGGAACCGGAGAAGACGGAGUGGAGGGAUCGGGCAAAGGAGCGCCGCAUCCAGGAGGCCAAGGCAGGCACGACAGAGAAGGUGAAGGUGUCGUUGAAGGACGUGAAGAAGAAGGAGGGAGGUGGUGCUUCGGCGCAACAGAAGCCAACGAAGCCAUCAUAUGGCAAGGGGAUGGCGAUGCUGCAGAAGGCGGGCUGGGCGGAGGGAGAGGGGUUGGGGGCGGGAGGAGGCAUCACUGCUCCAAUCGAGCAAAUGUCGUACAAUGCUGGGGUGGGGCUGGGGCACGAGGGGGCCAAGAGGGGCGAUGCCAACGAGGAGGCAGAGAGGGCGACCCGGGGCGGUGACGGAUGGGUGGAGAAGACGAAGGAUCUGGCGCGUGAGCGCUUUGAGCGCAUGCAGUGAGCGCCUCCUUCUCCACCGCCGUCGCCGCUCCGCGGUCGACACAUAGACCGCUCGGCCCCACCCCGCCCGGCCCCGCCUGACAGAAGGCAGAAUGAAACUUUUGUGCACGAAC